AUGGCUGCGUUGACCGGCUCCCACAGCCUCCGCCUGCACAGCUCCGGCUCCCACGUAGCCUGCCUGGGCACGGGUCCAGGGUUCACACUCUCAGCCUUGAAGGUGCUGCGUGCCCGAGCACCUCCCCACGUGGCUGCCUCAACAGCCAGCACCUAUGUGUCCUUCCUCGAGUCUCUUCUCUGCCAGGAGGUGGUCCUGCUGGAGUACUGGAAAAAGUGCUGGGCAAUAAUGCCCAUGGCCAGCCUUCCCACAGCCUCCAGUGCCCUCCCGCUGGAGCUGGAAAUCCAAAGGCAGGCUACGUGGGAGCCGGAGCUGUGCAGGCGGAGGCUGUGGGAGCCGGUCAACGCAGCCAUGUCCCGAUGGCCUCGGAGAUGGGCUCGGCCUCGCUGGGUGCUCCUGCUCCUCUUGGGCUUCCUGCUCCUGGUGACUCACGCAUGGCUUACCACAGAGGGAAAUGACCUCGCUGACCAAAACAUCAUGGCUGAGUACUUCCCAGCCACCGUGGAGUAUGCCUUGCACUCCUUCAACCUGCAGAGCAGGGACACUCACGCCUACAGGCUGGUUCGCAUCCUGAGGGCCUGGAAGGAAAAGUUGGAUUCCAUGCUGGCUUUCUCCAUGGAGCUGGAGCUGCGCCAGACCAGGUGUGGGAAAUUUGAAGAGGACAUUGACAACUGCCCCUUCCAGGAAAGCCCAGAGGUGAGCAAUGGGAGGCACGGAACGCUCAGCUGCUUCUUCACCGUCAGCACCCAGCCCUGGAGAACCAAGUUUGAUCUGCUGAACAGCACCUGUGAGGAGGGCGUCCCGGACUCCUGA